AUGCGCUUGCUUGACGCCCGUACGCUGGAGUUCAAGGAGUUCUUUGGAAAGCCGACUCCUAGAUAUGCCAUCCUCUCGCACACUUGGGGCAACGACGAAGUCUCUUACCAGGAUAUGAUCGGGUAUCACAAGCGCAAGCAAAUCAGGAACUGCGCCCAAGUGGCCUGUGGUAAAGGCAUCAAUUACGUAUGGAUUGAUACCUGCUGCAUUGACAAAUCCAGCAGUUCAGAACUUCAAGAGGCUAUCAAUUCAAUGUUCUGCUGGUACACAAAUGCGAGUUUAUGUUGCACCUAUUUGGCCGAUGUAGAGCAGUCGAUCCGAUGUUCUGAAACUGCCGCUGCAGAAAAUCCAGGCUUUAGGUGUUCACGAUGGUUUAAACGGGGUUGGACUCUGCAAGAGCUACUUGCUCCAUCGAUGGAUAUAUUCUUCAACCGCACUUGGGGCGAGAUUGGCACUAGAGAUACGCUUUCGGAAGUUAUAUCAGAUAUCACUGCUAUUGAACGCAGGUACUUGAAGGGUUAUGUGGCCAUUCAUGCUCCAAUUUCUCAGCGGAUGUUGUGGCUUUCAGGCUGUGAAACAACAAGGAAAGACGAUAUUGCAUACUGUGCACUUGGGAUAUUCGACAUCAACAUGCCACUGCUCUACGGAGAGGGGAAGCGAGCAUUUUUUCGGUUGCAACAAGAGAUUUUGAGGGGUUCUAAUGACGCCUCGAUCUUUACCUGGGGCUUCACUGGGACUGGGCCACCAUAG